AUGACCGCCUGCGCCCUCCGGGCGGGGGGGCUUCCCGGCCCCCUGCCCUGCGCCCCCGAGCGAUGGGCUCGGUCCCCUCCCGGCCUCCCGCAGGCCCUGCCCUGGCCUGGACUCCUGCUUCUGUUCCUGCUGCUCCUCCAGCCGCCCACCGCCCUCUCUGCAGUGUUCACAGUGGGGGUGCUGGGCCCCUGGGCUUGCGACCCCCUCUUCGCCCGGGCGCGCCCGGACCUGGCCGCCCGUCUAGCCGCCGCCCGCCUGAACCAUGACCCUGCCCUGCAAGGCGGCCCCCGCUUCGAGAUCGCGCUGCUGCCCGAGCCGUGCCGGACUCCCGGCUCGCUGGGGGCUGUGUCCUCCGCGCUGCCCCGCGUCUCAGGCCUCGUGGGUCCCGUGAACCCUGCCGCCUGCCGGCCAGCCGAGCUGCUAGCCCAAGAAGCCGGGAUCGCGCUGGUGCCUUGGGGCUGCCCCGGGACGCAAGCAGCGGGCACCACGGCCCCGGCGGUGACCCCCGCCGUAGAGGCCCUCUACGCCCUCUUCCGAGCUUUCCGCUGGGCGCGUGUGGCCCUGGUCACCGCGCCCCAGGACCUGUGGGUAGAGGCGGGACGCGCCCUGGCUGCUGCGCUCAGGGCCCGGGGCCUGCCCGUCGCCCUGGUGACCUCCAUGGAGCCCGCGGACCCGUCUGGAGCCCGGGAGGCCCUGAAGAGGGUUCGGGACGGGCCCCGGGUCAGAGUGGUGAUCAUGGUGAUGCACUCGGUACUGCUGGGCGGCGAGGAGCAGCGCUACCUGCUGGAGGCCGCAGAGGAGCUGGGUCUGACCGAUGGCUCCCUGGUCUUCGUGCCCUUCGACACGCUCCACUAUGCCUUGUCCCCAAGCCGGGAGGCCUUGGCCGCGCUGGCCAACAGUUCCCAGCUUCGCAGGGCCCACGACGCGGUGCUCACCCUCACGCGCCACUGUCCGCCGGGAGGCAGCGUGCUGGACAACCUGCGCAGGGCCCAAGAGCACCAGGAGCUGCCCUCUGACCUCAAUGUGCAACAGGUCUCCCCACUCUUCGGCACCAUCUACGACGCAGUCUUCUUGUUGGCGAGGGGCGUGGCAGGAGCUCGGGCCACUGCAGGGGGCGGCUGGGUGUCGGGAGCAGCAGUGGCCCGCCACAUCCAGGAUGCCCAGGUCCCUGGCUUCUGCGGGUCCUUGGGAAGAACCGAGGAGCCCUCGUUUGUGCUGCUGGACACGGACGCAGCGGGUGACCGGCUGUUCGUCACAUACAUGCUGGACCCCGCCCGGGGGUCCCUGCUCUCUGCCGGGACCCCCGUGCACUUCCCUCGUGGGGGCCCAGGGCCUGGACCUGAUCCCUCAUGCUGGUUCGAUCCAGACGUCAUCUGCAACGGAGGAGUAGAGCCUGGCCUCGUCUUUGUUGGCUUCCUCCUGCUGGUUGGCCUGGGGCUGUUGGGGGCCUUCCUGGCCCAUUAUGUGAGGCACCGGCUCCUUCAUAUGCAAAUGGCCUCUGGCCCCAACAAGAUCAUCCUGACUGUGCAGGAUGUCACCUUCCUCCAGCCACAGGGGGGCAGGAAGGUGGUCCAGGGCAGUCGCUCGAGUCUGGCUGCCCGCAGCGUGUCAGACAUUCGCAGUGUCCCCAGCCAGCCCACGGACAGCUCCAACAUUGGCCUCUUUGAGGGCGACUGGGUUUGGCUGAAGAAAUUCCCCGGGGAUCAGCACGUAACUAUCCGCCCAGCGACCAAGACAGCCUUCUCCAAGCUCCGAGAGCUCCGGCACGAGAAUGUGGCCCUCUACCUGGGGCUCUUCCUGGCGGGGGCAGCGGAAGUCCCUUGGGCCCCCGGGGAGGCCAUGCUGGCUAUAGUCUCGGAGCACUGCGCACGGGGCUCCCUCCACGACCUCCUCGCCAACAGAGACAUCAAGCUGGACUGGAUGUUCAAGUCCUCCCUCCUGCUGGACCUCAUCAAGGGAAUGAGGUAUCUGCACCACCGAGGCGUGGCUCACGGGAGGCUCAAGUCCCGGAACUGCGUGGUGGACGGGAGGUUCGUGCUCAAGGUCACCGACCACGGCCACGGGCGGCUGCUGGAAGCGCAGAGGGUGUUACCAGAGCUCCCCAACGCCGAGGACCAGCUAUGGACGGCCCCGGAGCUGCUUCGAGACCCGGCCCUCGAGCGCCGGGGGACGCUGGCGGGCGACGUCUUCAGCCUGGGCAUCAUUUUGCAGGAGGUGGUGUGCCGCAGCGCCCCCUACGCCAUGCUGGAGCUCACUGCCGAGGAGGUGGUGCAGAGAGUGCGGAGUCCCCCUCCGCUGUGUCGGCCCCUGGUGUCCAUGGACCAGGCCCCCAUGGAGUGCAUCCAGCUGAUGAAGCAGUGCUGGGAGGAGCAGCCGGAACUUCGGCCCUCCAUGGACCGCACCUUCGACCUGUUCAAGCGCAUCAACAAGGGCAGGAGGAUGAACAUCAUCGACUCGAUGCUGCGGAUGCUGGAGCAGUACUCCAGCAACCUGGAGGACCUGAUCCGUGAGCGCACAGAGGAGCUGGAGCUGGAGAAGCAGAAAACGGACCGGCUGCUCACGCAGAUGCUGCCCCCAUCUGUGGCUGAGGCCUUGAAGAUGGGGACGCCGGUGGAGCCCGAGUACUUCGAGACGGUUACGCUGUAUUUCAGCGACAUCGUGGGCUUCACCACCAUCUCAGCCAUGAGCGAGCCCAUCGAGGUGGUGGACCUGCUCAACGACCUCUACACCCUCUUCGACGCCAUCAUCGGCUCCCACGAUGUCUACAAGGUGGAGACCAUCGGGGACGCCUACAUGGUGGCUUCAGGGCUGCCCCAGCGGAACGGGCAGCGGCACGCAGCCGAGAUCGCCAACAUGUCGCUGGACAUCCUCAGCGCCGUGGGCUCCUUCCGCAUGCGCCACAUGCCCGAGGUGCCCGUGCGCAUCCGCAUCGGCCUGCACUCGGGCCCGUGCGUGGCGGGAGUGGUGGGGCUCACCAUGCCUCGGUACUGCCUGUUUGGGGACACGGUCAACACCGCUUCGCGCAUGGAGUCCACCGGCCUGCCUUACCGCAUCCACGUGAACAUGAGCACCGUGCGGAUUCUUGGCGCUCUGAACGAGGGCUUCCAGCUGGAGCUGCGAGGCCGCACGGAGCUGAAGGGCAAGGGUGCCGAGGACACGUACUGGCUGGUGGGCAGGCGCGGCUUCAACAAGCCUCUUCCCAAACCGCCCGAUCUGCAACCGGGGGCCAGCAACCACGGCAUCAGCCUGCAGGAGAUUCCUCCAGAGCGGCGCUUGAAGCUGGAGAAGGCUCGGCCGGGCCAGUUCUCGGGGAAGUGA